AUGAAACUUAAAUCAUCAUUUAAAUAUGUGAUGAUAAUACUAUAUUUAGCAUAUAGAUUGUAUUCUGGAUUUUAUAUGUUUAUAUCCGAUUGUGAUGAAACUUUUAAUUAUUGGGAACCAUUGAAUUUUAUACUACGAGGUUUUGGAAAACAAACAUGGGAAUAUUCACCAAUUUAUUCAAUUAGAUCAUAUGCUUAUUUAAUACCAUACUACUUAAUUUCAAUACUAUCACAGUUAUUAGGUUUUACGCCAUUGCUGAUAUUUUAUAUCGUUAGAAUAAUUGGGUGUAUUGGUUUUACUAUUUAUGCAGAAUUGAAAUUAUAUUUUAGUUUAUUAAAUGUUGAUACAAAUGUAGGUGAUUUAUAUUUGUUUUUGAGUGCUAUUUCACCUGGUUUUACACAUGCUAGUGUUUCAUUGCUACCUAGUUCAUUAGCUAUGCAAACUACAAUACUUGCAACUUCAUACAUUCUAAAGAGUUUCAAAAAAGAAAAGGGCUCAAAUAUUUUGAAGGCUGUUUUUUGGUUAUUUAUUGGUGGUAUUUUAGGUUGGCCAUUUGAAUUAAGUUUAGGAAUACCAAUUGGAAUCUACACAAUUGUUGAAAUAUUAAAUAAGAAAAUUUCUUGGGGUAUGUUAGUUAAAAUUAGUGCUAUUUUAUUUUCAAUUUGUUCAGUUGUGACUAUUAUUGAUUCAUAUUACCUCAAGAAACUAGUCUUUAUCCCGGUGAAUAUUGUAUUGUAUAAUGUAUUUGGUGGAGAAGGUGAAGGUCCAGAAAUUUUUGGAAUCGAACCAUUUUCAUACUAUAUUCAUAACUUAUUACUCAAUUUCCAUAUUAUAUUCCCAAUUUCCAUAGUAGGAAUAUUCAUUAAUCCACUUAUCACUAAUCAUAGAUCAUUCAAUCUUAUAAUAUCAUCUCAAUUACUCAUUUGGAUUGGUAUAUUUUUCUCACAACCACAUAAAGAAGAAAGAUUCAUAUAUCCAAUAUAUGGAUUACUUACAUUAUCUGCAUCAAUAUUCUUAUCCAAAGCAUUCAAGAUCAUCAGAACCGUAUUUAGAAGACUAUACUACCCUUCUAUCUUUAUAUUUAUAGUCACAACUAUGUUAAUUUCAAAUUUACGUAUCUACAAUUUGGUUCAAAAUUACUCAGCACCUUUAAAAACAUUUGCUACAGUCUCAAAUAUAGAAGAUAGUAGACGUCAAGUCCAUUUAUGCAUGGGUAAAGAAUGGUAUCAUUAUACAAAUUCAUUCUUUUUACCAGAUAAUAUGAGAUUACAAUUUGUAAAUAGUGGUUUUGAUGGUUUAUUACCUGGUGAUUUCCAAUCUAGUUAUGAAAUUCCGCCUAAUAUGAACAACAAGAAUCAAUUUGAAAGUGAUAAAGUCAUAGCAUUAAAUCAAUGUGAUUAUUUUGUUGAUAAUUCACAAGAUCAAAGUCAACCACAAUUAUUAAAUUCUAAAUUAAAAACUGAUCAUGACUGGGAGAUCAUUGAUUGUCAUAAGAUAUUAAAUCCAAAUGGGAACAAUGGAUUAAUGGCUAAAUUAAUUUAUAUUCCUGAGUUUUUGAGAGGUUUUGUUGGUUAUAGAUUGGAGUUUAUGAAUUUUUGUUUAUUGAAGAGAAAGAUAGAUAGGGAAGUUUUAUAA